UGAAGUGAUUUUAUUAUUUACUGAGGAUAUUUUUUAAAAAGUAGGAACUAAAGUUUAAUGUUUCCGAAGUCAGACCGGACACCUGAUGAGGCGACACAGAACCGUUAGAUUAGUGGAGCUCAGUGGGGCGAAAUCAGUGUUUUGAGAAGUUGUGUGAAAUUAUAUAAAAAAAAAUAAAUAAAAAGCGUAAAAAAUAUCACCAAGCAAGAAACGAAAUGGCAUCUGAUUCGUGGGCAUUGUCUGUGGAUCAACAAGAAGCAACAACCAAAACAUUUGAACUGCUGCACAUUGGAGAAAGAAGAGUCACCCUAAAAGCUGAAAUAAAAGAAACAGGAAAGACUACCAAUGGUGACAAAUCAGAUGAAGAAGAUAACGAGGACAGAGCUGCACAGUCUCUUCUUAAUAAAUUAAUCAGAAACAGUCUGGUCAACAACACGAAUCAGGUGGAGGUGCUGCAGAGAGACCCGAAUUCACCUCUCUACUCCGUCAAGACUUUUGAAGAGCUGCGUCUAAAACCUCAACUGCUGCAGGGAGUUUACGCAAUGGGCUUCAACAGACCUUCAAAAAUCCAGGAGACCGCGCUGCCGAUGAUGCUGGCCGAACCACCUCAGAACCUGAUCGCUCAGUCUCAGUCCGGUACGGGGAAAACCGCCGCCUUUGUACUUGCCAUGCUGAGCCAGGUCAACCCAGCCAACAGGUGGACACAGUGUCUGUGCAUCUCUCCGACCUACGAGCUCGCCCUGCAGAUCGGGAAAGUCGUAGAGCAGAUGGGCAUGUUCUACCCUGAGGUAAAACUGGCUUACGCCAUCCGCGGCAGUAGACUGGCGGGAGGAAGUAAAAUCCAAGAGCAGAUCGUGAUCGGCACCCCCGGCACCAUGUCCGACUGGUUGACCAAAAAAAAGGUGAUCGACCCCAAGAAGAUUCAGGUGUUUGUCCUGGACGAGGCCGACGUCAUGAUCGCCAUGCAGGGCCACCAAGACCAGAGCAUCCGUAUCCAAAGGAAGCUUCCCAAAGAGUGUCAGAUGCUGCUCUUCUCUGCGACCUUCGAGGACUCUGUGUGGCAGUUCGCCGAGCGUAUCAUCCCCGAUCCCAACAUCAUCCGCCUGAGGCGAGAGGAGGAGACCCUGGACACCAUCAAGCAGUACUACGUGCUGUGCAAAAACAGACACGACAAGUUUGACGCCCUGUGCAACAUCUACGGCGCGAUCACUAUCGCACAAGCCAUGAUCUUUUGCCAUACUCGCAAGACAGCAGCCUGGCUGGCAGGAAGGAUGGUGGCAGAGGGUCACCAGGUGGCGCUGCUGAGCGGCGAAUUGGCCGUCGAACAAAGAGCGGCCGUCAUCGAGCGCUUCAGAGCAGGCAAAGAAAAAGUGCUGAUAACUACUAACGUGUGCGCGAGAGGCAUCGACGUCGAACAGGUUUCCAUAGUGAUCAACUUUGACCUCCCCCUGGACAUGGACGGCAACCCAGACAACGAGACCUACCUGCACAGGAUCGGCAGGACGGGACGCUUCGGCAAGCGCGGCCUGGCCAUUAACAUGGUGGACGGCCAGCAAAGCAUGGCCGUGCUCAGAGCCAUCGAGGAGCACUUCAAUAAGAAAAUCAGCAAGCUGGACACAGACGACCCAGAUGAAAUUGAAAAGAUUGCACAUUGAGGUGAUGGAGAAAAGAAACACCUUAUAUAAAUAUGCAACACUAACAUGUAUAGUGUUUACUCCUUUAAGUUUGUCUGACUUGAAUUUAUCUGUUUACUCUGAGCUAACAAGCUAAAGUGUUUAUGUUUACGCAAACUCACAUUGCCUUAACCUUUGAGGAACAAAUACUAAGUUUGAGGUUGAUGCACUUUUUGUUAAGUUAAUUAACAGCUGAGAGUUAUUUAACAAUUAUUAUUUUUAGAUAUAUACUGUGAAAAGAACACUAUUUGCUGUCUCUUAAAGGAUACGUGUUCUCACGUGCUGUUGGAAACACGCAAAUACCAAAAACAACUAAAGAGGGUGUUAGUCAUAUUAAACUGUCACUCAUGUUGCACUUGGACUGAUAGUUUGGGGAUUAGAAUUUGAAGAAUGUAAAACAUUCCUUCCUAAAGGCAUUCCUUAAUUGUAAAAUUAAUAAAGGACACUUUAAAUGCAAAUUCAGCGCUUGAGAUCAUCGCCCAGCUGUUUCGGGGAGAUCAGAGUAAUAAAAACCAGAUGCUGGAUCACAUUCAGAUUUCUGUGGUACGUGGUUUCCUUUGUGUUUACUGACUUUAUUGCUGAAUGAUUGUUAAUGCUUAGAUUUCUAUAAGAAAAAGGAUUGAUCAUUUUGCUUUGUUACUUGAAAAAGUACGCACUCUGGGUAGGUGCGUGAGUGCCGUGUUUGGAUUUCCUAUUUUUUUUGUUUUGGAGUUACAGGCUAGGUGUAAAAAAAAAAAAAAAGGUUUGUUUUUUCUGUGCUGCAGGUUUCAGCUGUUUGAAUGUGUUGUGUGAUGUGUUGAAUAAAAAUUUCCUUCCUA